CUUUGUAUGGGCAGUCAGCACUUCUGGCAUUAUUACAACGAUCUAACUUCUAUGAAGAAAUGUCACAUCUUAUUCAGUGUUACUGCCCUGAUACUCAACUAGACACCAAAGCCCUCAGUGACUUAGCAGAUCCAAAGUGCGACUCAGGAGUCUCCACACUCCAUGUCGGUGGCAGUGUGGCAAUCACAGAAUCUAUACAUGGCAGCCAUGGCAUUUGCACUGCUUCACUUCUAGGUUCUGUGUGUCGGUUGCUGCAAAACCUAGUUAUACUAUACCCAGAGCAAGCAACUUCUGAAAUUAGAAACCACCAACUGCACCUGCUCUUUCUCAGGUACAUUUUAGGUGAACCUAGCCUUUCCACUAAACAUACGAUAUGGGCUCUACAUGAAAUUAUCAAAUUAAUCACGCAGUGUGCAUUGAAAAAUGGCCACAUUAGGACUCAGUUGCUACAGUGUAGUGGUUUAUUCAUCAUAAUCUUCAUUUGCCUGAGAAAAAUUUCUUCAGGACUCUCAAGAAACUUGUACACCGAAGUAUGGAAACUCAUAUCAGUUCUUUUGGAGCUCGAAGGAGUGAAGGCAUAUGAGGUCAUUCUGAUGUGCAUUACACUUCACUGGAAUCAUGUGAGAGAAUGGCUCGCCAACUUUUUGGAUGCAAUUGACAGCAGUGAGCAACACGGUGCUUUCUUCACUGUUCUGUGUCAGCUGUGCACACAUGACUACAAGCCUGAAUCCAUUCUUUCUGACCAAGUGUGCUUCACAAAUUUACUGGACACGGCACUCUCUCCCCUGGAACCGCACACUGAAUGCUUAGAACAAAACAAGGUGGCCCUUUCAACAGCAGGUGGACACAUUGCAACAUUGUUAACGAAGAUGCUAAGCCGUUCUUCAAGCUUUGUACGCCAUGAAAAGAAUCUGGAGCUUGAACUCUUAAUUGCUACACUCUCAAGUGUGCUUUCAAUUUCUCAAGCAGCAAAAGAUUCACCAUCACAUGCUCAACUUUUGAAACUUCUGAUCAGUGAUGUUACUUGCCUAUGUGAUGCUAUCAAACAAUGCAAAACCAAGCAAAUGGAAGUGCAAGCUGCUAGUAAGAGCACCGAUAUUGCAUACCCAUUGGAGCAGAGAUUCGAAUUACUCCAGAAUGCAGUUUUUCAGUCGUCUGUAUCCAAGGAAUUUUGUUGUUCUCAUGGUUUACUGUUAGUCAUCUUGCAGUCAUGGUGGUUCAUCACAGGAAAAACAAGUCUUUUGAUAUCUUCUUUGAAACUUUUGUUGAACCUAACUGCUGACUGUGUAACAGCAUGUCAGAGCAUAACCCGGGUGUGCACCAUACCAGGAGGCAUGACACUUAGCCACCAUCUUGUACAACUUGCUCAACAAAAGAUGAAGGAGAUGUCUAAAGGAAAAGAAAUGAUCAGUCACCUAGUGUUUGGAGUUCUCUGUAACCUCUCUGUUGCUGAUGACUUUCGGAAGUUCCUGUCAAAGAUGAAUUUUUUGGAACAGUGCAUCACACUUUUGAGUGACCCUGAUAUUAAGAAAUGGCAGCUGCAAGAGCAACAGUCAAUGUGGCUGAAAAUGAUGAUUACUCUGACAUCUUCUGCAGAAGGACAGAAACUUGUAGCAACCACCAAAGGAGCCCUGACUUUAUUAUGUGAGUGGGCUACGCCACACGAAACCAUCAGCCACGAUGUCCUCUGGAAUUCGAUGCUGGUCUUGAGAAAUCUUUGUUUCUUACAUGCAAGCAAGGGAAAACUUCUUGCUACAGGCAAAUUUCUGAAAAGCUUGCAGCUGCAGCUUGAUGCAAAUCCCUCUGGAAAGCAGCGGCUCAUUGUUGGUUCAACGCUAUGGGCGCUGCUGGCGAACUACGAGAAGGCGAAGGCACUGACCCAUGCAAACAAGCUCCUCUGUACGAAAAUCUACGAGGUAUAUCGGAUCGUGCGACACGGGGAUGGGGAUUGCUGCCGUCAAACAGCCCAUGUUUUCCAGUCUGUUAUCGGAAUCUUGGAAAGGCAAAGCUGAGAAAAGAUUGGCCGGAUGAUUCCCGUGUAAAAUAAACUUUCACUUCGAAUAUG